CAUUUAACCAGUAACUGUACAUACAUCUCUUAAGCCACAGACGCUUACAACUCAAUGUGGAUCAUCUGUGACGGACCAUGAUCAAAGACUAAAAUGUCGUGCCAACGCUCUGCUAUUCUGGUUCUGCUGAUUUUGACCAAUGUGGCACUGGACCCUGUUUGCAGGGAGGACCAGUACUAUGAUGUACAUGCAGGGAUGUGUGAGUAUUGCUCCAUCAUAUGUCAACAUGCAGAGAUCCAAGGGACGGUGGAGAAGUGUGGGAGGAACUGUCCAGGAUAUGUCACCACUAAGGCCACGAAGACAUCGUCAACAACGGCGUCUUUGUCGUCUCCAUCGCUACCCUCACCAUCAUCAUCAGGCUGGUUACCCUGGCAGACAUCCCUUGUCACCCUCACAUCAGUUGUAAUCACAGGUUGUGUCACGGCGCUUGUCGUCGCCAACAGAGAGUCAGUCAGGCGGUGUAUUAGACGGACCCGAAACACGUGUAACCAUGGCAACCACGCGCUGUAUCCUGUGGAAGGAGGCACCCAUGGUUCAGAAUAUACCAUGGUAACCGAGCAAGAGAGAGUUUAAUGCGCAACUGUAUAUCUGACGCAGUCAAUGGCCAUGGACAUAUCGGCGCAUAUCGAAAGCCGGUUCCAUUGGAACAUGAGUUCCAUUGAAACCUUCCGAGAAUACUUUUUGAGAAACAACGACCAUACAAUUAACCGGCGGGUUUUGUUCACUGGCUUCGCAACAAAGCACUCGGCACGUUCGUUUUGUGAAUGACAUUCCAUUUGAUAAGAAAUAUGAAUGAGUGUCAUGUGACUGUACAUCACGUGAUACACUGGGCGUGGACAUGUCACAGCUAUCCCAGACAUGUGUCAUCCUGAUAGGCUCAAGUAAUGACGUCCGACAUUUUUUUAGUAAGCAUUCUGUAUUGAGGACACUGUCAGUUCACUUGUGUGUCAUUACCUCCACAUCACGCUGGUUUUACAAAUAACAUUUGAAAUAAUUCUGUAAAUAAAUAUGUGUACUUCUAUAUCGCUAAAUUCCAUAAACCAAAUGCAUGCUUAAAGUGCAUACAAAUAGACCGUUCAUUAUUACUCCG